AUGGCGAAAACACGAGUGAUCAAAUUCCUCAUCCUAUCGGAUACACACAAUUUCGACAGAGAAGAAGCAGAUCUCUGUCCGCUCAAGAAACCCCUACCAAAAGUCGACGUCGUACUUCACUGCGGCGAUCUCACUUCCGUCGGUGGCGCGGAAAAUUACAAGAAAGCUCUCGAAAUGCUUGGACACUUCGACGCCGAGCUGAAACUGGUCAUCGCUGGAAAUCAUGAUCUCGAUCUCGAUGAAGAAUACUGGCGCACAAACAAGCCAAAGGAUCGCGAAGAAUCUGAACAUCAAGCCAGCAUCAAAGUCAUGACCGGACCACUCGCAAAGGCUGCAAAUGUGACGUAUCUCCCGGAAGGAACGUACGGCUUCACGUUGAAGGAUGGGAGAAGUUUCAAGAUCUUUGCUUCUCCUCACCAGCCAGAGUUCUGCAAUUGGGCUUUUGGUUACAAGAGAGGCAAUUUGAGGUGGAAGAUUCCUGACGAUGUUGAUAUUGUUAUGACACAUGGGCCGCCUUACGGAUCACUGGACUCAGUCGCGGAGCAGGGCAACAAGAGGCUGGGUUGCGAGACUCUGCUCGAGGAGGUGAAGAGGGUGAAGCCGCUCAUGCAUUGCUUCGGUCAUAUUCAUGGUGGCUAUGGCUGGAAGGUGCAUACUUGGUCGCAUUGGAACGACGCUGCUGGAAGAGACGUCAAGAUCAGUCAGGCAGGAACGAACAGGCCGGUGCAGCAGGCGCAAGUGACGAAAGGCGAAGCGACGCUCAUGGUCAAUGCAGCGAUCAUGAAUGAGGACUAG